AACAACACUGAUAUAUAUUUAGCGCGAGAGGGAGAGAAACCAAUAAAGAUACCAAUAAGCAGCAGCCCCAGUUUCAAGAGAGAAAUUGCCCUUUUAAAAGCUUCUUGUUCAGAUUGAUUUACAAUAUAACUUCGAUUUUUUUAAAGGAUUAUUGUGAAAUCGAUUCUGUUUUUUUAUUGGAAGAACCUCGACUAAGCAACUAGGUUUUACUUUGACGGAUCUUGGGAUAGUUAAUUGAACGGAGUUAUUUAGUUUGAUCCUGGUUAAUUAACGAGUGAAAUUUGAGAAAAAUAGAGUUCUUCUGUACUGAGAAUCCAGGAUGUUGUAACGUAAUAUGGCACUAUUCUUGUCUGCAAUAUACAUAGAAGAAAUGUCGCUUUACAUCGGUCGCGAGGCUUCAAAGUUAUGGAAGAGAUUUUGUGCGGAAAUUACAACCGAAAUCAACCUUCUCGCAGAAAAUUGGAAGUAUAUUCUAGGGGGUCUCAUUUGUCAGUACAUACACGGACUAGCUGCUCGAGGAAUUCAUUAUUUUCAUCGGCCAGGACCAAUACUUCAGGAUGUUGGCUUCUUUCUUCUUCCGGAGCUUGGACUAGACAAAGCUUACAUCAGUGAAACAGUAUUUACAUUCGUCUUUCUAUCGUUUGUCUUGUGGACUUUCCAUCCCUUCAUCUUCAAGAGCAAAAAAAUUUACACCGUCCUAAUAUGGUGCAGGGUUCUGGCGUGUUUAUUUGCUUGUCAAUUUCUUCGGAUCAUAACUUUCUAUUCUACUCAACUUCCUGGUCCUAACUAUCAUUGUCGUGAGGGCUCAAAGCUUGCCAGGCUGCCUCUUCCUGACAAUGCUGUAGAAUUCUUCUUAAUUAAAUUUCAUGGCGUGCUUUAUGGUUGUGGAGAUUUAAUAUUUUCAUCUCACAUGAUUUUCUCUCUAGUCUUUGUGCGGACGUAUCACAAAUAUGGCACACGGAGGUAAUUAGUUGGAUGAUAUCCUAUUUUAUACAGUUUUGUCUACUGGCAGGGUUAAUGUUGGGAUGUAAAGCUAAUACUUCUUUUGUUUCAAUUUAAUGGCAUCAUUUUGUUUUUAGGAUGCCUCAAAAUAAUGGGUAUAUAAAUUGAUAUAUUUAUACUUAACUCCCUAAUACCUCACUCUGUCUACUCUCCUCUCUCACCACAACUCAAACCACAUAUCCAAGUGCGGGGAUGUCUAUGGGUGGAAGAGGAAGAAUAUCAGAAGUCAGUUUUUUUCCCUAUGAUUUCCAUCUAACUCAAACUGAUAUAUUCAAAUCGAAAUACAGAUUGUGUUAAGA